AUGCCGCGCCGCCAAGCUACGGAGUCAAGACCCACAGGUUCUGCUCGGAAGCGGCUUGCGGCUGCCGUGCUAGCUCAGGUGCAAAGGUGCCAGGGCCAAGCACUGCCUGUGAUAGAGGCCUCGCAGAAGCUUCCCCCUGCAGAACUCGGUGCAGUGCCAGGAGCGACGACUGGGCCCUCGAAGCCACGAAGGCCUGAGGGCGUUGAGGCAGCCAGAGAGAGAACGGCGAUGGACAAGGCUGAGAUGAAGGCCGUGGAGGGCGGCUGGCGACUUGAGGUGCCAUGGCCGGCAGGCCUUGACCUUGAAAGCGUCGACCUCCAGAUCUCGGACACGGAAGUUUCUCUGACCAUGGACGGAGGCCAGUCGCUUUUCGCCUGGCCGCAGCCUGUGGAUUCGUCACGUGCUUCUGCAAGCCUCUCCACGAGGGUCAUGCAGGCGGCAUGCUGUUGCCUCGUGACACUGUGCCGACACCGGCCAGCCGUGAUUUGGUUCAGAGCUGCGGCCGGGACAUGGUACGGCUACGUUGUUCUGAGGGCACUGACCCAUAUGCAAGUGUUGCAAGGGAUGUUUGGCACCCUCGCAGACCAGUGGUUGGCCUAUGCCCUGCACAGCGACGACGGCAGCUGCGCCAGCGAAGAGGCAAGUAGCCUCAUGUUGCUGCAAACCUCACGACAUACCGUGGAGUCAACGUCGAUCCGGCGGAAGGAUUUCCCAAAGACAAUGCCGGAAGUUAUCCAAAGCCGUGGUUACGACGAGGCCGCCUUGCAGGAAAUGUCGCAUUACAUGUCGAGUUGUGCAUCAAGCGACUUCAACAAGUGGACGCUUUGCGUUGCCAACAAGUGCCAAUCAAAGUGGAGUGGCAAUUAUCACGUGGUCGUUGGCGUUCCUUCAGGAUGGGGAGCAACAAUCCGAGACUUGGACAGUGUUUUCUUGAGCUGGGGCGAUUAUGAUGCAUGGAUUUGGUCUACGUGA